CGAAAAUUUUCUUCAUUUCCUCUCGAACCUCGAUUAGAAGCGCAUCAAAAUUUUUCAUUUCGGGAAGUUUCCUUAGGUGUUGUACGAAAUUGGAAGCACCGUUUUUCUUGAAGAAAUCUCAAUUGGAUCCGCAAAAUUCACCGAACCGAAAUCUUAACUGAAAAUGAUCGUAUGGCGAAGCUUGAUGAAACCGGCCGUUGCGAAGCCGUUUGGAGGACUCCUGCACCGAAACUAUGCCCAGGCCUUGAUCGAUAAGUGCGCAAGUCCACCGUCAAAAGGGUUGAUUCUGGGCAUCUAUGCCGAUGAAGAGGAUGCUUUCGACACCGGAACUCUGACUCCGGCCGGAGCCAGAUAUAACGAGGCUCAAACUAACGGUCGUUUGCUGGAGCUGGUCCGUCUGGCUGGCCCCAUCCCAAAGCGAGGCGAGGUCCGCGUGUUCUACGAUUUGGAACCCACUUUCAAGGCGGUUGCGGUUUGUGGACUUGGAAGCGAUUGCCUCGGGUACAACUCGGCGGAAAAGUUGGACGAAUCCAAGGAAGCAAUUCGGAAUGCCGUUGCCAGCGGGUGCCGCGAACUGCAGAAGCUGGAGACCAACUUCAUCUACGUGGAAGACAUGGGCCAUGCCGAGUCAGCAGCCGAAGGAGCUCACAUGAGUGUUUGGAUCAACCAAGAAUUGAAGAAACCGGACAAGCGCAAGUUUGUUCCGCACUGUCAGCUUCACGUGGAUCGGGCUUUACCUUGCGAUGCGGACGGAUGGAGGAUCGGGAUAGUCAAAGCGGAGGCACAAAAUUUGGCGCGGCAGUUGCAGGAAAUGCCUUCGAACCUGAUGACUCCUACCACCUUUGCACAGAAUGUUGUCCAAAUCUUGGCCAAUUCCGGUGUCAACGUAGAGGUGAAAGUCAAGAGUUGGGCAGAAGCGCAAGGUAUGACGUCAUUCCUGGCGGUUUCGAAGGGUUCCUGCCAACCGUCGAUUUUCCUGGAACUCAGUUACUACGGAGCCAGUGGUAAGGAAAAGCCGAUUGUGCUGGUUGGCCAGGGCAACACCUUCGACAGCGGUGGCAUCUGUGCCAAAUCGUGCCACAAUCUACAGAACAUGCGAGGAGAUAUGUCGGGGGCUGCCUGUGUAGUUGCUACGUGCCGUGCCAUUGCAUCUCUCAAGCUACCCGUGAAUAUUCGAGGCUUGAUUCCGCUGUGCGAACACAUGAUCGGAUGCAACGCCAUCAAACCUGGAGAUGUCGUCCCUGUUAAAAAUGGAAAGAGUAUCGAAGUCGUGGAUGCUGAUCGCGAGGGUCCAAUGGUGCUAGUCGACGCUUUGCUUUACGCUGAAAUCUUUGGACCGAAAUACAUUGUGGAUGUGGCGACUUCAUCGGAGCACGUGAUCGAUUCCUUCGGACGAGUGUGUAGCGCAGUUUACACGAAUUCGGAGCAGCUCUGGCAACGCAUCAAGAACGCUGGUGUCCACACGGGGGAUCGACUCUGGAGACUCCCUUUGUGGGAUUACUUCACGCAGCAAGUUUGUUCGGCCGAGCAUGUCGAUGUACAAAAUGUAGGACGCGGUGUGGGUGGAGAAUCGUGCUGCCAGGCUGCUUUCCUGCGGGAAUUUUUACCCUGUGGCCAAUGGAUGCACAUUGAUGCCCACAACGUGAUGACGACAAAAGGAAUCGAUUAUCCGUAUCUGCGAGCAGGAAUGGCUGGCCGACCAACAAGAACCCUCAUCGAGUUUAUCGCCCAAGGGGUUUGCAAGCAAACCGACAUGUGCGUACAGAAAACUGCAGAGAAAAAUUAGAAUUGAGGCCUUCUAAAACUAUUUAUUUUUAAAUCCUAUUGAAAUACAACCGCUUAAACCAUGAAAA